AUGUCUACCUCUUCAAAGACUCUACAUUAUUCUACUGAUCUUACUUUAAUUGAACGCAGUCUCCUAAGUAAUCCACCUUAUACUCUCACUAUUCCUCCUGAUUCUCUCACUGAUCCAAAACGUGGACAAAGUAGUAACAAAAAUUUAAAGCCUCCCCGGCCGUCUAAUCCAUGGAUCCUUUUUCGCACAAAUUUUACAAGCAUGUUACGAACUCAAUAUCCGUACAGCAUUCAAGAUAUUUCUAGGAUGGCUUCUAAAGAUUGGAAAAGUCAGCCAAUUUUAGUCAAACAGUACUUCAACGCACUCGCUAAAGUGGCUUUGCUUCGUCAUAAAGAAACGUAUUCCGGCUACAUUUACAGACCAAGACCAAAGCAAAGCAAAAAGAAAAAUAAUUGGGUAUUUAAAGAAGUGGACAGAAAUAGAUUUGGAAUUGAUAAAAACAACAGAACCGAGAAACAAAGAAAUAACUCUUCUCAAAUAGACAAACAAUUCCACGGUUUCGACAGCUAUGAUCAACAAAGCGAAUAUGAACAGCACCAAAAUCCAAUCGAAUAUUUUUCAAGUAAUUAUGUUGAGCAAAUUAAACAAGAAAAUUUUCGACUCAGCGAAUGUAAGCCUGUUGACUAUGAUCAACCAAUCGAAUAUAGACAACUUCCAAUUUCGGACGACCACGCUCAAUUGAUUGAAUCUGAUCAACUGAAUGGAUAUAUGCACGUUGAAGCAUCGGCUUUGUCGAGCAAAUUUUUUCAGUUAAACGAAGACAACCAUGUUGUUGGAUACAGUCAAAUAUGCGAAGAGACUCCAUCAAAUGGAUAUUAUGAACUAGUUUCAUACGAUAACAUUUACUCCGAUAGCAACAACGGUUUUACUAACAGUGACGCAACUAAUAUCGACGAUAUGUCCAGCUCUGGCUAUUCUUUGUACGGUAAUAUUGAUACGUCGGCUGUUUAUUUUGGUGAACAAUUUUUUAAAGAAAGUAACACGGAUUGGCUUAAAACCCCGCUGUUUUACUACACGAACGAACAGUUAGUCGAUUUUUUACCAAUUCCAAACGAAUAA